UUUAUAAUUAGGAAUGUGUUUCGCGCAGCUCUUCCACAUUUGCGUCUGCUAUCAGUGAACAGAGUUGAGACACUGAAGCCAAUAUACGAGUGGUUGACAAAAGAGGAGAUAUCCUAUCUCGAGAUUGGCGCAGCCUAUGGCUAUUGCAGCGUACCUGGCUACACCGUGCCACCUGCUGCAAUUAAUCCAAACAAAACGCAGCGAAACAAGAUUUAUUUUGCAGACGUUCCUUUCGGCAGGCGAACAAAAUUAAUCUUGAUCCCGGAUGAACUCGUCAAAGAAUCCAUGGAGACUUUGCAUGUUUCGGGCGACCUUGUGGAUGUUUACCCUGACGAGCGGUUCACCAUAUUUUUUAAUCCAAAUCAUUCGAUGAUUAUUCAUGGUUUCGAGGUCCUUUUGUGCGUGGAAGAUCCUAGCAAACGUCUUCGCAAUGAUGAAGAAAGUAUUGAUGGCGACGGGCCAAGUACAACCGUUCCAUCACACGCUAAUCCAUAUUUCCUCUACCCUUACAUUCGAUUAGAUUCAAAUGAACGCCACCACUGCCACCACGCUCAAUCGAUGGCCCAGAAAUAUGGAGUUCACCAUUGAAGUCGACAAAGCGCCGCAGAAAUUCAUUUUGCGUUCUGACGAAAAUCAGAGGCGAGAUAAAUGUGUUUUCUUAGAAACGCAUUUUACACUCAAACCGCAGCAGCUUGUAAACCUGCGUGUGACCAACAGAAAGAAAUGCAAAGCUAAGGGAGACGUAUGCGGAAUGCGUGCAAAGAGACAUGUUGAGCAACAAUCCCUUGGUGGCUAAGAUAUUUAGGAAUAUAAAUAUCCUUCAGCAGUUGGAAGAAAGCCAAGAUGAGUUCAAAUUACGAUCAAAGCCGAUAUGCCUUGUCAAGAAUAUCCACUUCACCUUAAUCUAAAUUCCGCUAAAUUCACAUAACACGUUCAUUAUUCUGAAAAUAUUAUCUGAAAUUUUUAAAUUAUCCUUUAUCAUAGGUGUUGGUGUGCAGGUGUGUGUUGUAUAUUUAUUUGGUGCAGGUAUAUUGCCUCAGUUCUUUUGUACAUCGAAGAAUAAUUUUUUUUUUUUAUUAAUUUUGAUAAUUUUCAUUUGUAAAAAAAUUAUCUUGUAUGGAUCAUUUUUUAAUUUAAAAAUGAAAAAUAAAUAUUAUGUGAACAAAUAAUCGCGAAUAAUAUAUAAAUAAUUGAGUUUUAUGACGAAAAUUUUUAUGGAUUAAGGCAGAAUUAAUAAUAAAGCGUUUCCUGUUAAAAUA